UAUUUCAUCGGGACAUGUGAGGGAGGAUGAUCGUUUCUAUCUGCUGAGGAGGAAUCUGUGAAGCUCUGGUGUCACUGUGAUGAAGAUACAGUAGUGGAGCCACAAACAGCCUCCAUCUGAAGACCUCACAGCCACCUCACGGCCCAAAACAACACAAAUAAUAAAGCUGAUGGUUGAUUUUGACAUCACAUCCUCUGGACUUUGUCUCCAGCCCCUGAGCAUUUCAGGCUGAGCAGGGGGAUUUUACCAUUUUUUUUCUUUCCCCAAAGUGUGUGUAUCUGGCUAAGAAAUGUAGUUUGCCACCCAAAUUGGCUCAAUUUGGGGAGUCCCUGGCUACUGCCAGUCCUGUUCAGCUCUGGCAUAAAGCCGCAGUAGCUCUCCCCUGAGAAGCAGUUGACUUCCCCUCCGGAGCUCGAGGCACACCAUUGAAAAAGAAGACUGUAACCCUGGAUGAAGGCCCUGUCUUGUGGGGGAGAUCAGGCUUCUUACUUGGCCUCAGACAGCAGUCUGUGAAGCCUGCAGGCUGUUUGGAUCUUCCUCACUCGUUCCCAGCUUGUCAACACACCUAAAAGACCAGCUGGCAGCUAGCCUGGUUUGUCGGACAUGUGGAUGCUGCUAACUGGGUUUUUGCACCCAUUUUGGAAAACCAUCUAGUUGUGAGACUUGUAGCUCCGGGGAAGGCCCAGCCAUGGAGGGUCUUGAGCAGCUUGACAUGGUGGGCGACAUCAGCCCGGCUCUUGAGGCCACCGAGGACUUUAUCCACUGCAUGGAUGGGAUGCAAGGCCAGGGUCCGAGCCAAACUCAGACAGGGACUCUCCAGCCAGCCAGGCAGCCCAAGCAGCUGCAGGAGGUUUCCAGCGCCGCGCUGGGGAAGCUGAGCUCCAGCGGCGUGUGGAACCUGCUGGCAGGAGAGCAGCCGGAGGUGGGGCCCCUUGGCCUGGCCUGGGCCGACAACUUCAGCGUGUUGGGCCUGGGGAUGGGCUUGAGGCACGGCAAGAGAAACAGAGCGCGCUCCACCAACGACCUGGCGGCCCACACCAAGGAGUGCACCAACAACACCGCCAACUCCUCGUCCAACUCUGCCUUCAAGAAGGGACACAGCCGGUCCAGGUCGGACGUCAACUACCGGCCGUCUUCGUACACGGACAACGGACUGCCUGCAGUGGACUGCAACACUCUGAAGAACAUGAUCUUCAACCACCAGCAAGAGGCUGAUAAAAGCAGCAGUAGCAGUGUGGUGAAGCAGGGUCAGAUGGAGCAGCGUGAGGGGCCCCGGGGCCGCUGGACGUCCUGCCACGUCGAGCUGACGCCCUGCGAGCUCCGGCUGUACACCCUGGACAGCAGCGCCAACCGCCAGCUGGGCACCGCCUACUCCCUGUCACACUGCCAGAGCGUCAUCUCACCGGCUCCCUGCAGCCAGCCCGGCCAGAUCGCUCAACCCGCCGAUCAGCGCACGCUCCAGGCUUUGUUCUUCAACAGCACGCGGCUCCAGUUGAGGGCGGCGAGCCAAUGGGAGGCCAUGGAGUGGAGGCGGCUGAUGUGGGAGAAGGUGCAGGCGGCCAGACCUCUGAGGCAGGAGAGCCGCCAGCAUAAGAAUGGAGUGGAAAACCAACAGGUCGCCAAGUUUCCUGCACCCAUGUCACCCUCCUCGUCGCCCUCUCCAUCGGGGAUCGACACGCGGCCUGAUGGUGAGAGCGACACCUCCACCUCAGCAGAGGUGUCACUCUCUCUCCAGCUGAAUUCUGGUGUCCUGAGCAGGCCUACCACCCUUCCUCUGUUCACCCAGUGCUGCCAGGACGUCCUUAAAGCUGGACUGCUCCACCAGCUGAUGGAUCAGAACAACUGGCUCACCUUCACCUUCGUCCUGACCAGAUCUGCUCUCCGGGCCUUCCCUACUGAGGGCAGAGGGUCUGUGUCCCUGCCUGUCCUCCAGUACUCCCUGUCCUCCUGCUUGGCCGUGCAGCACGACCAGGAGCCAGAGAACGGAGAGCCGUGGACAGAUAGAGGGGACUGCUUCCAGGCAGUAUUCCCCAAAGAGGUACUCAGGCUUCGGGCGGAUGACCAGCUCAAGGCCCAGGAAUGGGUGGAGGCUCUGCGGGAGGCGGUUGCAGCACAAAGGCCUGCCCAAGAAGAAGUGGAAUCAGGAGAAGGCGCUCCAGACCUCCAGGGAGUGCUGCUGAGAUCAAAACCAUCCAGGGAGAGGAGACAGAGGGAGGCCCAGAGAGCCAAGCGGCAGUCAGUCACCACCAGUUUCCUCAGUAUUCUCACCUGUCUGGCUGUGGAGAAGGGGCUCACUGCUCAGAGCUUCAGGUGUGCAGGGUGUCAGCGUCCAGUCGGUCUCUCCAGAGGAAAGGCAAAGGUUUGCUACUACAGCGGCUGGUACUACUGCCAGAGCUGCCAUCAGGACAACUCCUUCCUCAUCCCAGCACGCCUGCUGCACAACUGGGACACCAGCAAACACAAGGUGUCUAAACAGGCCAAGGAGUUCCUGGAGUUUGUGUAUGAGGAGCCCCUGCUGGACGUCCAGCAGCUCAACCCUUGCCUGUACGAGCACUGUGAGCCUCUCAGCACCGUGCUGCGUCUCCGUCAGCAGCUCCAGUCACUGCGGGCCUACCUGUUCAGCUGCCGAGCGACCGUCGCCGAGGACCUCAGACGAAGGAUCUUCCCCAGGGAAUACCUGUUACAGCACAUUCACCUAUACUCCAUGGCCGACCUGCAGCAGGUCAUUGAUGGGAAACUGGCUCCCUUCCUGUCCAAGGUGAUCAAGUUUGCCAGCUCCCAUGUUUUCAGCUGCAGCUUGUGUCGAGAGAAAGGCUUCAUCUGUGAGCUCUGCCACAACGGACAGGUCAUCUACCCCUUCCAGGAGAGCGCCACCAAGAGGUGCGACGGCUGCGGCGCCGUAUUCCACGCCGAGUGUCGACAGAAAGCGCAGCCGUGUCCCCGCUGCGUUCGCCGAGAACUCCACCACAAGAGGCCGUCGUCCUUCUGGUCACCUGACGACGACAGCCCCGGGUGCUUCCACCUGCCCUACCAGGACACCUGAGACGCACACAGGCGGGAAGGAGCAGGGCGCCGCCGGGCUGCUGCCGGGCCUGCUGGGCCGCCGCUGCGCUGGAUGGAGUGCCUGCUUUUUCCGAUUUGUGCGUGAGUCUGGGACAGAUUCUGAGAUAGAGGACGAGCUCAGAGCAUCUGACAUGUCGUUAGGUUUGUGUGUAUGUGUGUGUACCUGCACACACCUGAGCAAAGCCCCCCCCCUUUGUCGUACUGUAACAAGCAGGGAGAAACGCAACAGAAGAACUGCGGCGCCACGCUUUACAGACUCAACUGCUCAUGUAUUUUAUAGUCAGACAUCACACGUCAAGGGCAUCCUCUGCCAUCUUUACCACGUCACUUCCUGAACGUGCAUCACGGCUGAUAAACUGAAGAAAUAAUUGAGGCGUUUUGGUGGCUGAUCCAGAUCAACGACUCCCACCUUUCAUGCUUAAGUUCAGUCAUGAAACGAUUAGAGAAAAAACGAUUCACAAUUUUGGCAACCGAUCAAUCAUUUAUUGAAAAAGGCAAAACAUUCUGUGGCUCCAGCUUCUCAAAUGUGAAGAUUUGCUGCCUUUCUUUUGGUUUUGGACUGUUUGAGAACCAAAUGAGCAAAUUGAAAAAGCCUCCACGGCCUCCGGGAACACGUGACGGUGUUUCUUGUCUUUGUUUACAGACUAAAUGACUAAUGUCGACGAAACGAUUUAAUCUACGAUGAAAAUAAUCUUUUGUUGCAGAAAAGCAUUUCAGUGUGAAGCCCUCACACACUGUCGCCUUGACAGGCGGCUGGAAAUAGUUUGUAGUUUCCUUCCUUACAGAGAAUAGCAGCCGCCGUCCGCUUGGACUCACGUCAGUUACAGCUGUUAAAUCUGCUGUCGAGAUCCUCCAGGUAAAACAUUAGAGUAACUUUGGAAGAAAUCCACUUGAUUUGACUUUAAAUGGCCAGUGUGGACAAGAGAUUACACAAGCACAAACUGUUUCAGUGUGUACACUGAGUAUCUCAGCAGUGUUUCAAGACAGACUUGAACUUCUCCUUUAACCAGUUUUAAUGGUGGGGGAAACAUCUCACGCCACCCCUGCAGCACUAUUUCACCGUCUGUCUGCAUGCUCACUAUGCUCCAAGCACACUAGCGUAUUUGCCUUAAUAUGGCGCAAGUGCAUUUGGUGUGUGCUCCAGGAGACUCGCAGGUUGACUGAGAGACCGAUGAGACCAUGACAAACAGUCCAGGAAGUCCAGCUUGAGUGUCAGAUGAAUGUGUUUUAAGGCUGAGCAGACACUGCAGGGUAGUGUAGAAAGCUGUGGGACAAAGUUAUCGCGGCCUUCCCUCUCCCUCAUCACAGAGAUCCAGAGGCAAACAGCAGAAAUAUGAUGUUCAUGUCAGAGAGUGAUCUGAUUGGCUGCCUUGCCCGGUGAGGGUUUUGUCAGGUGACCCUGCGGGGAAGGUGGAUUAUGCCGCGGGGACAGUUUCAUAACAUCCUGUGGACUCUUUGCUAACGUUUGCUGCCACAACUUGAAAUCAAGUGUCGAUCCAAAGUGACCACAGCUGCUCGUGAGGAAGCAGCAUACUGAUGUUUUACAGUCAGAGUCAAGUGUUCAGAUUUUAGCUUCACUUGGGAUGUAACUGGAGCCAUAAGAUUGGGAUGUUUUACCAAAUAAUAAUAAUAUUAAUAAUAAUAAUAAUAAUUGAAAGUGAUAGGUGUGAUUGAAGGAUAGAAAUCCCUCCAUCCUCUCUGUCCCUCUUCUAUCUGAUCUCAUUCUUCUUAUCCUUAAACUGACUCAUUACCUUGUACAUGUGGAAUGAAAGAUGUUUUUGAGCUCAGUGAUUUCACUCGUUUUCUGAGUGAUCUGAUUUCAUUUCAAAGGGACUGUCCGUCUGUGUGAGCACAUCCUCCUCCCUCCAUCACUAACUGUAAAAUAACCGGGGCAAUAAUAUACUCUUUCAUUGUUGCCUUUUCCCUCCCCUCUUCCUCCGUGAUUCUACUUCCUGUUGUGCUUUAUUCAUGCAGAAUCUAUCGAACAUGAUAGCAGCUUUAGCUUUUAGUAUCUCUAUGCAACCUAGAUGGCCUUUAUAACCCACUGCUUUCAUGUGAAAAGGUCUGGAAACCCUUUAGUUGUCCUGUUCUGAACACCGCUGCUCCGUCCUGUUUUAAGGCAAAUUAGAAAAAUGAAGUCAGGUUUGAAAAAUCAGCUUCCUGAGUGUCCAGAAAUCAAAUCAACAAGGAAAACAGAAAGCGACUGAAGACUUUAUAAAAUUCUAUGAAUUUUUGCGUCAGAAUCGGCUAAUGUGUUUGGCUUUGGUUUGGUUUUUUGUCUUAUGAUUUCGGCAAAUAUCCAAAACUAUUGACGAUCCUAAUCCUACAAAGUUCAUUUUUAUAGUUCAAAACAAGAAGUGUUGAACACCGUGUUACUCCGAUCAGAAAUGAAAGAAAGAAAGAAAGACAGGAAAUGCUGACUCUACCAACGUUUAAAGCUGCACUCAUUGAUUUUGUCACAGAAUCCAAAAAUCGUUUCUAAAUAUCCACAACGAGCUUGGAGAAAAAAAUCAGACUAUUUGGGCUUCAUCAAGUCAUGGAUCGCAGCUUUAAAGUUUGAUAUAGCAGAAUUUGAAAUAACAUGGAUGGAAAUGUAGCUGCUUCUUCCUGCUUCUGGUUUCCUCUCUGAGUCUCAGUGCCGCUGCACUGAUUUGGUCUUAAUUUCAGCGUUAAGUCUUCGCCCAUCCGUCCGCUCUCCGUCCUCUCUUUUUAGCUUGUUUGAGCCAUAAAACCACGUCAACUUUAAAGGGACUUCAUGCGCGAACAAGCGGCCGUGAUCAGCGGCCGACUGACAAACCUCGUCGAUGUGUGUGUUUGAGACGAGCAGAGAUCAGACCGGCAGUUAUCCCGGUUUCUGAAGCGUGUAGGACGCUGCAGACUGGAUCUAAAUAACCCAGUGUAGUGGAACAUAAGGCAGGAGAAGUGCACUGAUGUCAGCUGCUUACAUUUCUUUUGUUUCUCAUUUGUUCUGAAGCUCAUGCCUGCAGCCGUGUCAGGCGAUGUUAAAAAUGAAGCGUUUAAGUUAUUGUUGGUUGAUUGCGCCUGCUGCAUAAAAACCAAUGGAAAGGCUGCAGAGCCUUCUGUUGAAGUAUUUUUGAUUGGACUGAUGUAUUCCGACUGUGAAGUUUUUUGUUUUAAUUUCCUUUUUAUUCGUUUGCUGUUUUUUUUUUUUUUAAACUCAUGCUGAUGUGUCCUCCAGAGCUCGGCCGGUUUCAGGUUAAGUGUUGUUAUUUGUGCCCACAGAUUAGAGCUCUGCACAGAGAGCAGAGCUCCAGGUGGAGCUCGCUCUGUAGAAUUCAUGUUAUGCACUUAAAAAGACACAGUAAAGCUACAGUAUAUUCCAGAGCAUGGAUUACUAAUGUGUUUGCACAAAUGUCCCCCCCCAGAAGGAGAAAAGCCCCUCAUGCCUGCUGGGCUCUGUAUGGACAGCAGAUCUGUGGACUUGAUGCAUCUGACCACUUUAAAACUUGAAUUAAUUUCUUUGCUUGUGUUUUGCAGAAUGUUGUCGUCUAUUUAUUCGUACAAUUUGAAGUGCAGGUUUGUGUUUGGUUGAUGAUCUUUUCUUUUUGUUUUUUCCCGCCCGUCCUAUUAUUUUCCAUGUGAAGCAUAAAUAUGAACAUGUUGAAGAAUCUGUUAUGUUUGAUCUGUUCCAGCUCUGCCUGGAGUGACAGCAGCCGGGUUUGACAGAAAGACGAAAUCUCCAGGUCGUUUUAUGGCUGAAAACGAGAGUCAGUGUUGUCAGUACAUUAAACUGUGUUUACAGGUCAUCAUGUUAGAGCCGGGGUGUGUGUGUGUGAGUACUGGACUGUUCUUUAUGUUGCAGGCACAUUAUGAUCGUCGCAGUAUGUUUUCACUCGACGUGCUCGGAGACAAAUAUAUUGUACAGUAUUUAAGCAGAGUGACUGCACUGAAAUGUCCUCUCUUUUGCACUUUUUAAGUUAUUUUUUUAAUCAUUGUUUCUUUUCAUCGCAGCCAAACUCUUAUGCAAGCACAGGAAGUUGAUUUUUUGAUUUAAUCAGCCCUUCCUCAUGUCUGGUUUUGUUCAGAUUUGUCCGCUAGCCACUGAUGCCAAUAAAGACAAACUUCUUAAUAGUGA